AUGACCAAUUGUAUCAUUGUUGGAAGCUCCACUCCGAUUGCGGACAAGAACCACCACCAUCUGAAUCUCUCUGAUGGUUCACCGCAAGCCAAAGACACCAGCCAGGCGACCAAGUGGAUCCAGAGCACCCACAAGAUCCUUGGUCUGCAGGAAUGGAUGAGCACCACACCAAGUCCCAAGAUCCCCGGGUUGGCUUCCUUCUUGCAAUACAUUCGCCAUGUGUUCGAUGGAGACAUGCUGGACAAACAGCUGUACUUCAGCCUGACCCGGCGUCGGCGAUUCAAACGACUCGAUCUCCACAGCAAGCGACAGCGCACCGUCCACGAGAUGUGCAAGCAGGUCAUCGACCAGGCACCAAAGGAGACCGAAGUGGUGAUUGCCUUUGGGAAUGCAUCCUGGAAACAGGGGAAGGGAUACGCAUCCAGCCCACGGAGACUCAGGUUCGCCAAGUACUUUGAGCAAUUCCACCAUCACCAGAGACGCCCACCAGACCGAUCCGUCUCCAAGAUCCAUGUGUGA